GGGUGAGGCUGCACCUUGCCCAGGCGCAAACCCAACAACAACACACACUCAAUUCCACUCCAUCCAAGUGAUCUGCUACGAAAUAACUACUGGUACUGCACACAUCAUCAGACUCCCUUUCCUGCAGCCUCCAGCAUGCGGUUUGAGCAGCAGCCGGUCGGCAGCGGCGGCCGCGGCCGCGGUGAGUCCAGUCGCGGUCGCGGUCGGGGGCAGUCAACCUGGCGGGGCGGCAGAGGUGGUGCGAUCGGAGGCCAGAUCCUCCAAGCCUCGGUGACAGAGAGUACCAGGCAAGCUCUUGCAGUACAAGCAAGCCAGACUCGGGUUGUCCUCCCUUUCAUCCUCAAGGAUCUACCCAAUCUCAAAGCGGACGUGUCUGAGCUUCUGACACUCGACACCGACCUGCCACCACUCAAGAAGGAAGACUGCCCCAACCACCCCAAGACUUCCAUCAAAGUCAUCAAUAAUGAUGCGUUCGAUGCGGCCAUAUCUAUGAUGGCCUCGGACUUCGACAACCCAGACACGACCAAUCAGCCACCAACUCGGCCAGCCGUCCUAAACCUCGCAUCUGACACUUCGCCGGGCGGAGGGUGGAUGAACGGGGCCAUGGCGCAAGAAGAGGCCUUAUGCUACCGCUCGUCCCUGUCUCUGAGCCUGCACAAACGGUACUACCCCUUUGGUACCCUACAAGGCAUCUACACGCGUGAUGUGGUUAUCAUUCGGUCAUCCAUUGGGAAUGGUCACAAGUUGAUCGAUGCAAAUGAGCCGGUCGACCAGCUGCCAGUGGUCAGCGUGCUGAGUGUGGCCGCGCUUCGAGUACCCGAUACAGUCAAGGCCAAUGGAGAUCAGAGGGCGGUUUUUGCAAGGAAGGAAGACAGGGUUACGACAAAGAACAAGAUGAUGCUUGUGCUGAGAAUGGCAGCUUCCAGAGGUCACGACCGGCUCGUUCUGGGGGCGCUGGGGUGCGGUGCUUUUCGGAACCCGGUUCAUGAAAUCGCCGAGUGCUGGAAGGAAGUGUUUGAGGAACAGGAGUUCAGUGGUGGAUGGUGGAAAGAGGUGUGUUUUGCCGUGCUGGACAAGAACAAUGUUGGCAUCUUUGACGCCUUCGAGAAGACUCUGGGGGGAUUGGAGCAUUAGAGAGGUGAAGACGAGCAUGCCUCGCGCGAGGGUGGCUGCUGAAGAGAGGCCUGGGCAUUUUUGGCGCGCUCGCUUCAGUUGGCAGCGUUUUGCACAUGCCGCAUUGCAGUAAGAACAGCCAUGUUAGACACAACGAAAACGUCGUUGCGGAGUUCUUAUGGCAUGAUCAACCUCUGUCUGGUGUCUUGCACAGUAUUUGUAUUAGAGAAAGCUACCUUAAGAGAGGGCGUUCUGUUCGGCUCAUAGGGACGGCAAGCC